AGCAGAGCAGCAGAGGAGAGAGAGAGAGAGAGAGAGAGAGAGAGAGAGAGAGAGAGAGAGAGAGGUUUCAGCUUUUUCCCUCUAAUUUGUGGUUUGGAAAAGAAGAAGCUGCGCAUUCAGAGGAGAUAUCUGGGAACAUGCGAGGCGCACGCUGACCAGAGGAAAUAUGUUGACACUGCCGUUCGAGGAAUCUCAUAUGAUGUGUGAGCCGCGAUUCUGUGCCACUUAUCCCCGCGAAAGCUUACCUGAGGGCCUGGAGCAAGGGAGGCAGCACAACACGGAGCGGUCAGAGAUGAGGGAGACCGAGGACGACUUCACCGACAGGGAGGAGGACGAGAGGGAGGACGACCAGGACGAGGACGGGCUUCCCAAAAAGAGAGGCCCGCGGAAAAAGAAGCACGGCAAGGAGCAGAUGGACCGGUCCAAACUCCGGCGCCAGGAAGCCAACGCCCGAGAGCGCAGCCGGAUGCACGGCUUGAACGCGGCGCUGGAGAGCCUGCGCAAAGUUGUGCCGUGCUACUCCAAAACUCAAAAACUGUCCAAGAUCGAGACCCUGAGACUGGCUAAAAAUUACAUCUGGGCCCUGUCAGAGACUCUGAGCGCGGGGAAGAGACCGGACCUCCUCACCUUCGUGCAGACUUUGUGCAAAGGAUUAUCUCAGCCCACGACCAACUUGGUGGCCGGUUGUUUGCAGCUGAACGCGAGAAAUUUCCUCACCGACCACAACGGGGAGGUCAUGUUCUCUGGCAGGUCGCCCUACGACGCCAUGUACUCGUACCCGGGCUCGGACGUGAACACACCCCCCGGCCACAGCGCGAGCAGCUUGGACAGCAGCGCCAAGCCCUUCAGACACUACAGCUACAGCGGCGCGUACGAGCACUACUACGAGAACCCGUCCCCAGAGGGCGGGAGCCCGCAUUUCGACGGCCAGCUGAGCCCCCCGAUGAACUUUAACGGGAUUUUCUCCCUAAAGCAGCACGACGAUCCGCCAGACUACGGCAAAGGCAGCCACUAUGGCAUGCGCUACUGCGGCGCGCCGGGGCGCACGGCUCUUGCGCCCAACUCCAUGUACCGAGUGUCCCCGGAGGCCCGUUUCCCCUACGACCUGCACGUCCGCAGCCAGUCCUUCCAAGCACAAGGGGAAGUUAAUGGCUCCUUCCACAAUUAAUCAAGCAGCUGGACAAAGUUCAAGUUUCAGAAGCGAUGCAAUUUAUCUCUUCCCCCCCCCCCCCCCUCCUCCCGCAGAUGUCGAGAGGGGAACGAAAUGGACUCCAGACACGCCGAUGCACUACGAAAAAAUGCCCAUUUGAACGAGUCAUGCUGUGUUAAAUGUUCAGUCUUGUUUAUUCUUCUUCUUUCAAACAUGGUAAAAGUAUUCAAAUUAGACGUGAUGAUUUCACUACAUGUGUGGCGAUAUUCGGCAGGAAAAGAAAAAAAGAAGAAGCCUUUUUGUGACACAGGACUUCAGAGCGAAGGGAGAUUUCGUUUAACGAAAACUGAGAUGUGAUGGCUCGAGGCCAGUGACACGUAGAAUAAUUGGUUAGAGAUGCAGAUCGUUUCACAGCUCCGGUGCUCUUGUGUUUCGUUCGCGGCUCUGCUCGGUGGCGAUGCGGGUCACAUGGAGCUGACAUUGUGCACAAUUUAUUAGAUUUUUUUGUUUCUGUCCAUCUAAUUGGGGUCACAGCAGUCAGUAAAAUUAUUUUCGUGGCGUAUUAAAGAGAAGAAAAAAAGAGAUAAACAAACAUGGGCAGAAGAAUCUUUUCACUUCAUCAGGGAAGUUUGCUGAGACACGAUUGGACUUCAGAUUCAGUCUGUUAGCAAUAAAAAAAAAAAAAGGUCAAUUGAGCUAUGCAAGACAGCCAAAUGCAAUCUUAUAAAAAUAAUAUAUAUGUAUAUUUCCUCUCACGAGGGACGAUUCUCCUCAUCUAACAUCUAAUUAAAAAUGAUGACAAUUACAUGAAAUGAUUAUUUAGAGAAAACAAAUAGAAGGCAACGUGCAUGUGUUCAGGAGGAGAUGAUGUCAUCUGAAUUUGGAAGUUGUGGGGGGAAAAAAAACAAAAAACAAAAAGUUACAAAACUGAAUUUGUAUUUGGAGUAAAUAGUGUGGUAACGAGCUGAAUGUAAAUGAUUAUUGUAUUUAUUUAUUUAUUUAUUUAAGCUUAUUUAUGACGAGUCCGUCAAUUUGAAUGUGGAUAAUAUAUUAUAAGAUGAUAUUGUAAAAAAUGAAAAAAACAAAACAAAACAAAAACAAAACAUCAACAACAAUUAAAAACAUCAGCAGCAGUUGUUUCGUUUCUCUGUGAAUUUUCCCAGACAUUUGAAAGUUUCUGUGUAUUUUCACCGCAGCUGACAGUCGAGGACCGGAAGGACAGAGGUCGUUUAUUUUGUGUGUGUGACGUGAGGAAAAAGGAGACAACAUGCCUUAAGAAAAAAAAAAGGAAAAAAGAAAAAAGGAAAAAAAAGAAAAGAAAAGAAGAGAUGAUGACCAUCAAUAUGCAAAGACACGACAGUUUUGUUUUUGUUUUGUUUUUUUGGAUAGUUUGAUGUGAACUUUUUACACUGCUGAAGAUGCCCCUCCAUGUAUUUCUGCACAAUGUUGGUGACUGUAACUCAUAAAAUUCUGUUGCUUUUGUAACUUGAUUCGAAUGACGAAUGAUUAUUGGAUUAUAGCUCUCUCUCUCUCUCUCUCUCUCUCUCUCUCUCUCUCUCUCUCUCUCUCUCUCUUUUAUCCAGCACACACUUAUGAAAGAAAAAAAAAA